GAUGUCGCUGUUGCCUGUUGGUGGUUAAUUUACAUGGUGCGAGUGUUCAGCCAAUCCCCGUGAAGCGAUGGAAAGGUCGCAGGAUGGUGUGAUUGACGGCAUCGUCUGGUCCCCAACAGCUGGCUAGGCAACUGUACCGUGUUGAUGGCUGAGGACGGGAACGCUUUGCGGAUUACCUGUACAGCUCCAGUGAAUAUUGCUGUGAUAAAAUACUGGGGGAAACGGAAUUCAGACUUGAUUCUGCCAAUUAAUUCUUCACUGAGUGUAACAUUACAUCAAGACCAGUUGAAAAGUACAACAACGGUCACUGCUAGUCGUUGUUUCAAGGAGGACAGAAUAUGGAUAAAUGGAAAAGAGGAAAAUAUCGAAAACCCAAGGCUGCAAACUUGCUUACGGGAAGUCCGUCGUCUAGCAAGAAAAAGGAGAAACAGUGGAGAUGAAAAUUCCAACACGUUAACUCUCAACUAUAAAGUACAUAUCUACUCUGUAAAUAACUUCCCCACAGCAGCAGGUCUGGCAUCCUCUGCAGCUGGUUAUGCUUGUCUGGUUUAUGCCCUUGCCAAGUUGUUUGGUUUAGAAGGAGAGCUCUCAGAGAUUGCUCGCCAGGGCUCAGGCAGUGCAUGUAGAAGCAUGUAUGGAGGGUUUGUUCAGUGGAGUAUGGGAGUGAAGGAAGAUGGAAGUGAUAGCAUCGCUCAGCAGAUUGAACCAGAAACCCACUGGCCUGAGCUUCGAGUUCUCGUAUUAGUGGUUAAUGCGGAACAAAAGUCGGUCAGUAGUAGUUCUGGGAUGCAAACCAGUGUCAAAACGAGUCCUUUACUGAAGUAUCGAGCUGAAAUUGUUCCACAACAAAUGGCGAAAAUGAUUGAAGCCAUCAAGCAACGUGAUUUUGAAACGUUUGGUCAGUUAACUAUGAAGGACAGCAACCAGUUUCAUGCCACUUGUCUUGAUACCUUUCCACCAAUCUUCUAUCUUAAUGAAACUUCCAAAUGUAUCAUUAAUUUGGUACACAGAUACAACUCUUACUUUGGACAGACACUGGUGGCAUACACAUUUGAUGCUGGCCCCAAUGCAGUCGUUUACACACUGGAACAACAUGUGGAUGAAUUUGUGGAAGUUGUCAAACAUUAUUUUCCUCCAGAAGAAAAUGGUGACCAGUUCCUGAAAGGUUUGCCAGUAAAAUCAGUUGCCCUUCCUGAGCCACUGAAGUCCAGCGUCCACAUGGAUCCAAUUAGGGGUGGCAUUCGAUACAUCAUUAAUACUCAGGUCGGACCAGGGCCACAGUUGAUAGAAGACAUCAACCAGCAUCUUGUUGGAGAAGAUGGACUUGCCAAGGAAUAGCGCCUAAAGAAUCACUUUUUGUAAAAAGUGAAGUACUUGCAAGAUGUUUUUAACUAAUAAACAUGCCCUGUACAGUAUGUAUAACUUGUAUAUCCAAAUUGCAUUCACAGGUUUCAGUCUGUAUCAACAAAGUGCAAAUUAUUCUGGCAUUAAUCCUUGCUAUAUUAGCUAUUUGAAUUUUGAGUAAUGUAUUAAGACCACAAAUGGGUAGAAAUUUUAAGUAUAGUUCUCAAUAUGUGGUCCCAUCAAUUCCCAUUAGCACACCUACCCUGUUGAUAGGAUUUAUUUUUUUAUAUAUUCCUGAAUCUUGGUCAACCCGUCUGUUUUUUUUUCCAGAAAACACACAUCUAUAUUGAGUACAACAAUAAUAGCUGCUUUCUUUGUUCAGUGAUGUCUUUGUCCAAUGUAGUGUUAUGUAAAUUGACUUCAAAUGAAAUCCCAGCUAUUACUGUUCCAAUCUCUAGUAACUUGUUUUCAUUUAAAUUGAGAAUCUAAAACUUGUAAUAAGAGUUUCAUUCAGGUGUAUCUUGCUGAUAUGCAUUUCUAAUUCUCUUAAAUUUUAACAAGUAAGGGGAUCUGUUAUUAUUACUGCUGCCUACAGUACUUACACUGAUUGCAUGUCAGUGUAAUAACUGAAAACGAAACCACUGCAGAAUUUUCAUUGUGAAACGCAGUAGAUUUGCUCUUCAGAAAGUUAUCAUUUUAAUUUGACCUAUUGUGCAAGCGGGAUGACAUUUAUCCAAAGAAAAUACAAAAAUAGUUAAAUGCAGCAGAGUGAGAGGUGUCAGAGAAGAUUUUAAAAUCGCUUUACUAACCUAAAAUCGAAUCUCGUACUUUUGGAAGAAAAGCUGUAACUUGUGUUUGCUGUGGAGGAAAAUGUUAUGCAUGCUUUGUGACUAAUUUAGGAUCUGGCUAUCUAUACCUAUUCUUUGUUUUUAAAAUACACUUUCUCAGGAUUUUUGACACUUUGACUUAAUUUAUUAUAUUCAUUCUGGUAAUUUACAAGGAAGUGGUUUUGUACAUUUACUGUAAAUGCUUUCACUUCUCCCUACCCACCAACCAACUACAUAUUAGUCCACCUCAUCUUAAACCUUGAGAUGAAAAUGAUGGUUUAAAAAAAAUGCAACUUGAGUUCAUCCCAUGAUUUAUGUAAUGGCUUUACACCUGAAACUGGACAAAUCAUUUACCUCCACUUUUUAUCUUUUUUUUUGUGUAAGGGGAUUCACGGUGAUAAGCCAACAUUCUACCAUGAACUACAGAACAUUGUUAUAACUGUUAUUGUUAGUGUGCAGAAUUUCUGAUUUUGUAUUUCCUAGUUUGUUUCAUCUGAUUUUAAUACAGCUGUAACUGCCAAACAGUAUUUAAAUAAAAAAUAAUGCAAUGGAGCAAGUAUACUGAGAAA